AUGAAUUUUGACUCUGAUGGCAUAGAAGAAUAUGAGGAGCUUGUUGGUACAUUACAUGGUAAUGGUUAUAAUUUUGCAACAAAUAAACUUGAUCUAGAUUUAAAAAAUAGAAAAAAUCCACCUUCUCGCCCAUAUAUUGAGGAACCACCAGUGUUAGAGUUGAAGGCCCUCCCAUUGCACUUGCGAUAUUUAUUUUUGGGAGCCAACAACACUUUGCUGGUCAAUAUUGUAGUUGACCUGGGACAGAUUAUGCGUGACAUGAUCGGAUUGGCCUUAGGGGCUAUACUAGGCCAACGGAAAGAAAAGAUCCUUUAUCUUAUCUACUAUACUAGUAAGGCACUAAAUGCUGAUCGAAAGAACUAUACCGUGACUGAGCAAGAGUUGUUGGCAGUGGUUUCUGCCUUUGAAAAGUUUAGAUAUUACUUGAUUGGGACCAAGGUGAUAGUGCACAAAGACCAUGCAGCAUUGCAGUACUUAAUGGCUAAGAAGGAUGCAAAGCUAAGGCUAAUCCAAUGGGUGUUGUUGUUGUAA